UUAGAAACAGUUAUCUAUCUACCCUUUCAUUGACUCCAGUUAUUUCAAAACAAUUGUAAUUCAGAGAACAGUAAAAUAAUCAGCUUCGUGUGUUUAGCAGUAAAGGUGCGUGUUUGCAAUUUCAUCAAAUUUGUACUGAAUAAGUUGUCACACUAAAAUGGCACAACCGAUUGGAGCAUACGAAUCAGAGAGUGACAAUGAAGAAUAUGAAGACACCCAAGAAUCAUUACCACUUCCAGCUGAUAUGACUCUAAAUCGGGCCCUGGAUGAGGCUAAUAGGGCUGUUAAUGACUUCUUCAAUAACAAUUUUGAAGAGGCAAAAAGUUCAAUGAAAUCUCACGAGGACGUGAGUAUGUACCACUCUCUUGGAAGUGCAAUGUUUCUGUCUUUGGAAGCCAUAAUGACUUUCGAACAAGAAUCCAUUGCCUUGGCAGUCACGGCCUUGAAGCGAUCUCUGGCUGUAAGCAACAGAUUUCGCAAGAAGAAUACUAUAGGAGAGUCAAUUGGAAAUGCGGUAAGAGGCACGCAGUAUGCGCAGUACACCACCAUGGAAGCUCACGCCGAACUCUGUUAUGCGGAAAGUCUCAUGUUAAGAGCUGUUCUCACCUUCGCAGGAGAUGAAACGUUGACAGGUAUCAUCAAAGGGGGUAUCAGGAUGAGAAAUUGCUUCAACGCCUUCAAGGACUGCCAGGAAAUAUUAUUGAAAAAAAAUUGGGAUGGCGACUCCACCAAAAACCACUUCGAAAGCGGUGUGAAAGCAGGAAUAGGUUCCUUUAAUCUUAUGAUUUCCUUGAUGCCGGCUAAAGUCACGAAAUUGCUGGAACUGAUAGGAUUUUCUGGAAACAGGCAACUUGGUUUGAGAGAGCUUGACGCUGGUGCAAAAUCUGAAGGCAUGAGACAAAUCCUUUCUGUUAUGGUCACUUUGGCCUACAAUUUAAUAGUUUUGCAUGUUCUCGGACAUAGAGAAGGUGAUAUGAGGACGUGUAGAGAUAUAAUACGAAACCAGUUGGAAAAACAUCCAGAUAGUGUGUGGUUUUCAUUCUUCAUGGGACGUUUAGAAUUUGUCUCAGGAAACCUGGAUGCUGGCCAGGAAUGGUACCUCAAGUCUUGGAAGUCACAGAAUAUCUGGCCUCAGUUUCACCACGUUUGUUACUGGGAGUUGUUUUGGGUGCAUUGUAUGAAAAUCGAGUGGAGACAGGCGAUUGUCUACUGUGACAAAUUGAUCGAAAAUAGUAAGUGGUCAAGGAGCUUGUACAGUUACCUGAAAGCUGCAGUUAUGUUGAUGAUCGACAAGGAUCUGACUCCGUCAGAAGUCGAAGAAGUGAAUCGUCUCAUGGGGGACGUCUCGAAAUAUAAACAAAGAAUAGUAGGAAAGUCCGUGCCUAUAGAAAAAAUUGCUGUCAAAAGGGCUGAACGUUAUCUCACCCAGAAGGGUGGCUUAGUGAUACCCAUCAUCGAGAUGAUGUAUUUGUGGAAUAUUUUCAAGGUACUGAAGAAGCCUUUGAUUUCUACCAACAUCUUGAAAAUCAUCGAGAAAGCUCUUAAAAAUGUUAAUAUCAAGUCCAAAAACAACCCUUCCGAAUACGACAAUGACAACAAAGCCGUGGUUUUACUUGCCAAGGGAGCUUGUUUGAGGUACAUGGGAAGUCCUUUGCAAGGGUUAGAGUGUUUAGAAAACGUUAUUUCCAUGAAGAAAAGUUUGGUGGAAGAUCACUACGUUGUUCCAUACGCUAUUGUUGAACUAGCUCUAAUUGAGUGGCAGAAUGGAAAGAAAGAGCUGGCCAUUGGAGCUUUGGAAGACGUUAAAAAGAAUUUCGCUGGCUACGCAAUGGAGGCAAGGUUACAGUUCCGCAUACAAACAGCUUUGAGCGAGUUCAAAUCAGAUAAUAUUCUCUGCUAGGGAACUUUUAGAACUCAGAGCGUUGAUGAUGGCGUGAGGAUUGGGACUUGAUUUACGUUCAUGAAUAAAAUUAUACAGACUCGUA